ACACGAACAUUAAAUUUAGGAUAAUUUUAGAAGGUUUUUAACUAGCUAGUCGCUAAGAAUGCAAGGCCUGGCUUCAGUUUAUACGUAAAAAACAAAAUGUGAUUAUAGGUUUCUUGACUCUUUGACAUCGUUGAGUGCAGAGGGUCAACCUUACCUCAAAUCACUAUUUUAGUGCUCUCGUGUUUUAACUAUUGGUCACGGGCCGAAACACUUUGCAAAUCACGAUCUGUCUAUGCUUAGAGACAGAAAUGCUUUUUUGUCUUAACCUAAUAUGCAUUAAAAUGCACUGAACAUCUUAAACAGAUAAAGCUUUUUGUGAUAAGCAACAGAUUAGUGAUAUAAAUAGCUGCUACUUGAGAUGUGACUAAUUGCAAUAGUUGCAUUUUGUGACGCACAAAUGUCAGGGAGGUGAACCAUUGACGGCGUUAUCAGGAUAGGCAGAAACACGAUCUGUUCAUAAAUUUGCGGAAAUCAUUUGUGAUACACAUUCUCCCAACUCCUUCCGUAAGUAAACAUACGAACGAUAUAGUAUUUUGAUAUGAACGGCAGGCUGUCGACCGCGUUAAACGUUGAGGAAAUUACAAACGGUGGAGAGGUUGUAUUUUCGCCACAACUGUGCUCUUCGCCGUCAAUAGAAGAAGAAGAAAUGGAUGUCCUUGCUACUUCAAUGAGCGCCGACGAGGAGUCACUGUUUGUUGCAGUUCGAAGUGGUAACAAGAAAGCAGUUCAAGAUUUGCUCAGCACCAAACGUGUUGACGUCAAUCGCCGAAAUGCUAACGGUGAAACUGUUCUACAAAUAGCAGUCGAAGAAGAAGCUCUCGACAUCAUGCAAACACUUCUCAAAAACAAUGCUGAGAUCGGUUCGGCGUUGUUUCAAGCCGUCAGGAACAAUUCUUUGCAGUGUGUGAGAAUUUUGGUGGCUUACGACAAAAGUCGUAAAAGCUUCGGUGCAAAAUCGCUCGAAAACUUCUCCACCAAAGGAGGGGGGAAAUGUUUAGGAAAGUUUGACGAAUUUUUGACUCCACUCGGCUUGGCUGUGUUAAAUGGAAACUACGAAAUUGUCGAAUUCCUUGUCAGUAAAGGUUACAAAGUUGAGGAUCCAGCUACGCAGAAAAGUCAAGACUUCUCCGAACAAUACGAGAGGGAAUCGAUGAUCAGGCUUAAAAAUUCUGUCGUGAAAUUAAAUACUUACCGCGCAUUGGCGAGCCCUCUGUAUAUAUCACAACUGUUCCUACACGAAAGCAAAAGUUUGAGUUCAAGGAAAGCGGAACAUUCAGCCAGCGACCCAUUGUUUCGGUCUAUCGUUUUAAAAAGGAAAUUAAAAAAACUUUCCUUUAGUGAAGGCGAGUUUCGAGAUGAUUAUCGAGCUCUGUCCGCUCAGUGUGAAAAUUUUGCGAUUCGCUUGUUGGACGAAUGCAGAAAUCUCGAAGAAAUCGCCGCUGUCAUGGACAUGCCGGAACUGGACAAGAUGGAGGAAGACUUGUAUCUGAGGAAUAAGGAACAACAAUUGCGCGUGCUCAACCUCGCUAUAAAGUAUCAGAAUAUAAAGUUCAUAGCUCACCCUUACAGCCAGGUAAUGCUCAACUCAGUGGUCUAUAAGGGUACAUCUGGUUGGCAGCAAAUGCGUUUUCCUCUCAAACUGUUCCUGGUGAUUUUGUACGCUCUUUUCAUGCCGCUGUGCAUGCUGGUGUAUCUGCUCACUCCAACCAACUCUCUUACAAAGAAGUUAGAGAUACCCUUGAUGAAGCUGAUGAGCCAGGUCUCCUCUGUUAUGUGGUUCCUGGUUCUGAUAACACUGUCUGCUUUCCAGGAUUAUUAUGAGUCGUCCUUGCGAUUGUCGGCAAUGAAUGUAAUCAUUGGCAUCUGGGUGAUUGGAAUGACAGUUCAAGAAGUCAAACAAGCACUUCAUCAAGGAAAAGAGCGAUACUUUUCCGAAUGGUGGCACCUUGCUGUAAUACCCAUGAUCAUCUCCUAUAUCAUAGCCGCUGUUCUAUGGAUCGUGGGCUACGCAUACAUAGCCUCGGAUUCGGGUGAAUGGACCGUGCACGUCCGAGAGCUACUGGGUUCCACAUCCCUCACACCGUACCACCUGUUGCUGUUAUCCAACAGUUUUUACUCCUUUGCAGUUGUACUUACUUUCUUCGAAGCCUCUCAUACUCUACAAGUGAACUCUACCUUGGGGCCGCUACAUUUGUCUCUUAUGAAUAUGGGCAAAGAUAUCUUGAAGUUUUUUCUUCUUUUUGCUCUCAACGUUUGUGCGUUUGCCCUUGCCAUGAGAAAACUGUACUCACAGUACGUGCAGUCGACCACAGCACAUGUUGAUAUGGAAAACAACAGCACCACAACCCAUGCUUUUGAAAGUAUCGAUGGCGUUGUAAGUACUUUAUUCUGGGCCCUGUUCGGGCAUGUGGAAAUAUCGACCUUUGACACGAAUGAAAACGCUAUGAUAACCCAAGUCACUGGAAAUCUGCUCUUCGCCACUUACAGCCUCGCUUCCGUGUUAGUUGCCAUGAACCUCCUGAUUGCGAUGCUUAGUAAUACUUUCAAGAAAGUUUCUGAGGAGAAGGACAUCAAAUUCAAGUUUGCCCGGACCCGUGUUUGGAUGUAUUACGUCAGUAGGAUCAGUCCUCUACCUCCUCCGUUUAACUUGUUUCCGGUCGAAAAGAUCGCUUUGGGAAUCCGCCGGCUCGUGACACGAUGCACCUCAAUGGGGGAGUGUCUCGUCUGCAAUGAGAAGCAAGAAUCGUCUCCAAAAACCAAGACAAGUGAGAGGAGACGUCGAAUGGUCAUCAAAAACCUAAUCCACCGCUAUUUUGCUGUGAACGGAAAAACACAAAAAGAGGAUGCGGUUGAAGAUUAUCCACCUCCAGAAGAGUUACAAUGCAAACUGAUGGAGGUCACUAAUACAUUACAGAAUAUACAAACCGCGAUAAAGCGGUUCCGUCAACAAACACCAACGGAAAACAACAAGAAUGAGAAAACAGAAUCAAUCGAAUGAUGCAGCCUGUUUUAAAAAAUUCAUUGCCAAGACAAUAAUUUACUCGCCUUACCAGCGAGACGGAUUUUGAAAUGAAAAAUAAGUUGUCAGUGUAAAGUGGAAGAUUUUGUUAUAUAAUAACAGUUAAUCACUUGGCCACUCUUGUACAUACGACUAAAUAUAUCUUAUUGUGUAUGCUCGAUGAUCAAAGAAUUAAGUGUUUUCAAGAAUGCUGAAAUAGCUUUGUGCCAGUCGAUUUAAGACACAAAUGGAUCGCUUGUAAUGUGAAGGAGCCUUAACACCAAUACUGAGCUGUCCUCCUGUGUCUCCUAUGUGGUCGAUACAGUUUAAAACAGUUGUUAACUGUCUCUCAUCCACGAUAAUUAAUUUUAACGUCUUGUUAUGAGUAUAACAUUGCUCACAAUUACUAAAGAAUUGUCGAAGUUUUAAUGGACAAAGAUUACAAAAUCAAGAAUCCAUUAGCGUGACAUUUCAUAUCAUCAUGAAUGUCAACGGAGAACCGGAGCGUAAAAAGUGAAACAAUUAAACCGAUCUCUCUUUUAUCAAU